AGAGAGUUCCCAUUCUCAGUCAUUCAAGUGUGUUUUACUGAUUGUCGUUGUAAAACAUCUAGUAAACCCUAGCUGCGUGUUCGUCCACAGAGUCCUCGGUGUAUGCCUUUUUGGUAUGUUUGCGUUGGAUCUAAGGAUCCGAUUUCACCGGUUGGUCGAGUUUGGUGGUGGGGGUGUAUAUAGGCCUUCAUUGUGAUUGUUCGAUAUUCUGGGAACGGACUGGUAAGAGGGCUUAGUCGAGGUAGGUGCAAAGCUUGCUAUCUGAUUUCGGAUCAAUGGCGAAGGAGGCAUCCAACGGAGAGCAGUACACCGUGACCCGUCCCCCUCCAACUCCUUCUCCUCUUCGAUUUUCCAAAUUCUUUCAAGCCAAUCUGAGGAUCUUAGUUACGGGAGGAGCUGGAUUCAUUGGAUCUCAUUUGGUCGAUAAGCUGAUGGAAAAUGAAAAACACGAGGUUAUUGUUGUGGAUAACUUCUUUACCGGUUCAAAGGAUAACCUCAAGAAAUGGAUUGGACAUCCAAGAUUUGAGCUUAUCCGACACGAUGUUACUGAACCGUUACUUGUGGAGGUUGAUCAAAUAUAUCAUCUUGCUUGCCCAGCCUCUCCUAUUUUCUAUAAGUACAAUCCUGUGAAGACAAUAAAGACCAAUGUUAUUGGCACCUUAAACAUGUUGGGCCUUGCAAAGAGAGUCGGAGCAAGGAUUUUGCUGACAUCUACUUCUGAGGUUUAUGGUGAUCCUCUUCAGCACCCUCAAACAGAAGAAUAUUGGGGCAAUGUUAACCCCAUUGGUGUGAGGAGUUGUUAUGAUGAGGGUAAACGCGUGGCAGAGACUCUUAUGUUUGAUUAUCAUAGGCAACAUGGCUUAGAAAUUCGAAUUGCCAGAAUAUUCAACACAUAUGGACCUCGUAUGAAUAUUGAUGAUGGUCGUGUUGUUAGCAAUUUUAUAGCUCAAGCAAUCCGGGGAGAAUCUUUAACAGUUCAAGCUCCUGGGACUCAAACUCGGAGCUUCUGCUAUGUAUCUGAUAUGGUUGAUGGUCUCAUACGUUUGAUGGAAGGAGACAAUACUGGCCCCAUAAAUAUCGGAAACCCAGGUGAAUUCACGAUGAUGGAACUUGCUGAAACAGUCAAGGAGUUGAUAAACCCGGAUGUUUGUGUGAAAAUAGUGGAGAACACUCCUGAUGAUCCGCGCCAGAGGAAACCCGACAUCACCAAGGCCAAGAAUUUACUCGGCUGGGAGCCUAAGGUCGUUCUUAGAGAUGGUUUGCCCCUCAUGGAAGAAGACUUCAGGCAGAGGCUAGAUGUUCCCAACAAAAACAACUUCAAAUAGCUCUGAAUUUUAUUAUUAUUCCUUUUUUGUAUUAAAGAUUGAUUGCGAGCUGCCUAUAUAUUUUUAAUACCA